AUGGCCUCUACAAGCGAAGACAAAAGGACGAAGAAUGCUCAAAGAAAAGCGCGAUACAGACAACGAAAGAAAAUUAUUGAAAAUCUGCAGAAAGAGUUCCAGAAAGCGCUGAAGCUUUAUGACGGCGAAGACACCUUCAUGAAAUUCGAAAUUCAUGUUCCAUCUGCUCGUCGACCUCGGGACAGGUUUUUCGGCUGGGAAAUUCGAAGGUCUGGCGUCGAAGCGUUUCCACCGAAGAAAGACGCAAAGAAAGUCCCUGAACUCGUCCCGAUUCUUUCUGAAACACUCUCUAAAAACGUGCCCUUGAAACCUUCCUUCAAAAUUCGAGAUGGUAAGGUCAGUGACUUGAAUCAAUCGAUUGUUUCACCACCAAACCCAACCAAAUCUGGUACUGUAACUCACUUGGUACCAAUCGUUCAAUCAAAUGGCUCGACUUCGAGAAGAACUGGCGAAUGGCGAAGCCGCCUGGUGAUCGAAAACUCGAAUUCUGACGUGAAGAUUAACCCACUUCAAACAUCCAAAAAUGAUACUUCUGCGCAAGCCGUGAAAAUUGAAGCUGAUUCAAAAGAAAGACCCGCUUCUUCUACCUCAGUCGCUGUUUCUCCCAAACUAUUGGUGACGCCUGAGGACAGGAAAGCUAGCUCGUCAAAAAUUAAAGUGGGAGAAACAAUGACUGAUGAAAUGAAGAAUCUUUUGGAAGAAUCAUUCGCUGAGAAAAACCUUCCUACAAAAAAUACAGUUCUUAGUAUCUGCAGCAAAACUGGGCUUCAAGAACAAGUUGUCUGGUCGUGGUUCAGAGUCCGGAGACGAGUGGCUAGGAUGGAGAGUGGAAAACACGAGCUGCCAAAUAUGAGUACUUUCUCAGAGUCGGAAUCUUCAGAGCAAGAAUCUGUGAAAAUAGAAGUGAAGGAAGAUGAUGACGAUGUGUUGGAGUGUAAGGGUGAAGUAAAACCGGAGAUACUAUCCGACCAAGAAGAUGAUCAACGAUUUAGUAAGGCAAAUUGGCAGCUUGAUGAUCAAAUGGACGAAUAA